AUGGAAUGCUUUUAUUUAAGUAAGCCGUUUAGCGAAAAUGGAAAACCUCAACGAGGAUACCGACAGCAAACGCAUAGGAUCUGGAAUGAGAGAGGAGUGUUUCCCGCAAAAGAACAAAGAAGUUGUGAUCAAGCUAGAGCAAUAAGGAAGAAAGGUUGGUUAACAGCCAUUGAACUGGAGAGUAUAAAACAAAGAGUAUUAAGUGAGGAAAUAAAUCGUGGAGAAAGUGACUUGGAAAGAGAAGAAGUGGGAUGUGAUAUGAGAAAAGAAAAUGAGGAGACAGCAAGUGGAAGGAAUGUACAAUAUCUGGAAGAUACAUAUACAACAGAGCAAUCUGAGGAUAGAGCAGAAGAAUGUGUUAGAGUUGAAGGAUAUGGAGAGCUAAGUAAGGACGAGAAAGAGAUUGUUGAUAGGAUAAUCGAGAUCAUGAAAGGUGAAGAAGAUUAUAAAGUAUUCACAUAUAAGAGGGUGGAUAGAUGCAAAAUAAAUGAAAUUACAGCAAAAGUGAAUAAGCUAGUAGCACAAAUACAAACAGAUAAUAUAACUGACACAAACAAAUUAUAG